AUGCAUCUUGCGGCCAGACUCGCUGUGGCUGGGACAAUCGCUGCUCGAUUUGUGCAAGCUAAAGCAGGUUUCGCGCACUUUCUGGUGGCGAAUUCGCAAUCCUUCGACGCCGAUCAAUGGCGUACGGAGAUUACAGCCGCGCAAUCCCUUGGGAUACAGGGCUUUGUCCUAGAUACCGCUGGGAAUUCAUACGAACCCUCGCAGAUUGGUACGGCCUAUACCGUCGCUGAAUCUCUGCCGCAAAGCUUCGAAUUCAUCUGGUCGUUCGAUUUCAACUCUCACGCAUGGAGUAACUCGGAGAUCGUCUCGCUCGUUACAGCACACGCGUCAAGCCCUGCAUCGUACAAGUGGAAUGGCGACGUGCUCGUAUCCACCUUUGGCGGGCAGACAGAAGAUGAUUCGUUCUGGUCUGGUCUCAAGCAGACCCUCAGAGGUCAGGGUAUUACCAUCUCGCUUGCGCCUGCGUUCAACAACUACACCGAUCCUGACGACGCGUCCACUCUCUUGAGCCGCUAUCCAAGCAUUGACGGCUUCAUGAACUGGCAGGCCUGGCCGCAGGACGUAAACCAGACGCUCACGACUGACACCGAUCUCGCCUACCAGUCGGCCAUCAAGUCGUCUCGCUCCGGUCCAUUCAUCAUGUCCGUCUCUCCAUGGCAGUUCAAGAACCUCGAUAGUCAGAAUGGCGACCUGGAUAACGACUGGGUUGAACUGAGCGAUACACUUAUCAAAUACCGCUGGGAGCAAGCCAUCAACGAAGUCAAGCCGGACAUUGUCGAGAUCGUGACUUGGAACGACUACGCAGAAAGCCACUACAUUGCCGCGCUCAACCCGAACGUCGUGAUGGCCGCCGACGCCCAUGCAUAUGUCGACGGGGCCGACCACACGCCGUGGCAGAUCAUCAUGAAGCACUACAUAUCCUGGUACCUCACGGGCACCGAACCCGCCGUUUCCACCGAUCAAGUGGUGGUAUGGUAUCGUCUGCACCCGAAAGCCGCUGUAUGCUCUACGCCAUCUCUCCCGCGCAACUCGGCGUUCCCUGCAGACGCCGUAUUCGGCUUCGCGCUACUCACGAGCCCGGCGACGGUCACGAUGGACAUCGGCUCGAACAAUCACUUCGAGUGGGAUGCGCCCGCAGGCGUGAGCAUCGGCUCGGUGCCAUUCCCGCAGCAGGACAACCAGAUCCCGUUCAUCCAAAUCAUACGGAACGGCGCUGUCGUGGAGAGCGGCUUUGGAAGUGCGACCUGGAGUAUGGAGUGCGAGACGUACAACUUCAAUCCUUUCGUCGGCGUGAUCCCAAAUUGA